AGACACGUGUUUGGCGCGCGGCACGUCGCGAAGCCGAGGAUCGUUCGAUGGAAUUGUGGCGAGUGAGUGGUCGUUCGAAGUUUCUUCUGUGAUUCGUUCAGAUUCCUGUUGAAAUUCGCGUGUUGUGUGCACGUGUGUCUGUCUAUCUAUCUGUCUGUCUGUUUGUCUGUCUGUGCGUUACGUUCUCGAUUGCGCCGUGAAAGUGUUUAACUGAAAUUCGGAAACUGAAAUUUGCCAAGUUACGAAGAAAUAGUCGCGCGCGCGCGUGUGUGUGUGUGUGUGUUCGUGUGUUUGUGCGCGGUGCUGUGAAAUCGAAGAAAAAUUGCUUCGGUGGCUAUCGUUAAUGGCUGCCUGUUAAUCGAUCGCAGAUCGAAGAAGAGAAAUCAGCACGUGCACGAUCCGAUGGAUUAGCCAAAGAAGACGGAGAAGCAGGAAGACGCGGUCGCAGAUGCCAGCGGUGUCGUGCAGCAAGUAGAGGCAAGAAAUUCCUAGAUCAGCCGUUUUCAGCGAUGAUCGGCUCGUCGACUCCAACGAUCGGUCGCGCGGAUCCUUACGAGGCCGUGGUCGAUACCUGCUACGAGGAUCUUCUACUGUUCGCCAACGACAGCGGCGUGCUCUGCGAAGGUUCCCGAUUCGCCGUGCCUGGAGUACUCAACGACACCGAUUUGGACGGUGAACCGGUGAACGGAACAGAUCUGGACGUCGUCGUCGACGGUCUGAAUAAUUGGUGGGCUAUGUUAGCCCUGGUCUUGGUCCUGGGCACCGCUGCUGGCAAUAUUUUGGUCUGCCUGGCUAUCGCCAGGGAAAGGCGGCUUCAAAACGUCACCAAUUACUUCCUGAUGAGCCUGGCGAUCACGGAUCUGUUGGUCGCUGUGCUCGUGAUGCCUCUUGGGAUUCUUACGUUGGUCAGAGGAUACUUCCCUCUGCCGUCAGUUUACUGCCUCGCGUGGAUCUGCCUGGACGUAUUAUUAUGUACGGCGAGCAUCAUGCACUUGUGCACCAUAAGCGUGGACCGGUACCUGAGUCUACGGUACCCGAUGAAAUUCGGCCGGAAUAAAACCAGGCGGCGGGUCAUGCUGAAAAUCAGCUUCGUCUGGGUACUAAGCAUCGCCAUGAGCCUGCCUCUCAGUCUCAUGUACUCGAAGGAAGACGACUCCGUGCUGGUGGACGGCGCGUGUCAAAUACCGGAUCCUCUGUACAAGUUGAUCGGCAGCAUAAUCUGCUUUUACAUACCACUGGGCGUGAUGUUGCUUACGUACGCUUUGACAGUCAGACUGUUGGCGAAGCAGCAACAGAAUAUAGGAGGAACUGCAGGUUGGUCCUCCGGAUGGCUGGGUGGCCCGCAGGGCCCACCCUCGGGAGGUUUAGACAGACGAGGGACCUGGAAGCGGUUCCUGUUGAGUAAAAGCUCGGCCGGAAGCGGCGGUACGCCGCAGCACACUUCCGGUACGUCGACCGACACCGAGCUGACAACGCUGGACACCCACGAACUUUGGCUUCCGGAAAGCGAACCGCCGCCGUCGGCGAUGUUCGCUCUUCACGCCUUUGGCGCCGAAAUGCUCAAGUUAUCCAGAGGUUUGGAGGGCAUCGCCAGCCCUGGAAGCCCCACUCCUAUGGGAACGCCAAGAUCCACGCCUCAACACUCGCUCCAGCAUCAUCAGCAACAGCAACAAUCGCAUCGGUGCAGCUUUCGACACGGGAGCGGAGAAAGCGGAAGCAGCGCGUCCGGUUCUCGAACGAGCCUCUCGAUACCGGAAGACCUAAGCUCGCCCACCCCGUGGAAGCAUCGGCGACGCGCGUCCACCUUCAACGAGGCUCAUUUGGAACGGGCGGAAUCGGGUUCGCCGAGAACACCCAGGAAGCGAUCUUUCAGCUUCCACGAGCAGCCAGUGUUCGGCCGCGGUUCCGUUUCGCGGAAGAACUCGUCGAACGAGGAAACCUCGAGCACGCAGAGGAAAUCGAGCGAUAAACAGGAAGGCGAAAUCGCGUUACCUCCGCCGUGUACCUGCCCCUAUUUCGGCGAAUCGUCCAAGAGACCACCUCCGCAACCAUCCAGCGAGAUCGUGAUCGUUUCCAGCGAUACCAUGAAGCCAAUCUCGGGGAAGAAUCUGGAGGCUGCGUUUCUCGGUAGAAGCAACAGCGGUAGAAUGGAUGCCAGCAGAAGCUACGAGCCAAAUUCUGUCGUCACGUGGAGGAGCGGCAGAAGAGGAUCUAGUUUAGGGAACACAAGAACCGCGCUAUUGACCACGAGAGGUGGUCCGAUCCGGCGUGCAGCGACGAUGCGUGCUCAUAACGGAGCAGCGAGCAUCAGCUCUAAGCAAAGCAGCAAUUCAUCCUCGCCGUGUCCGCACAGAUACUCGGGGCCAGUUCGUAGCCACCAUUCGAGAACCAGCAGCGUUGUUUCACGAAAUAGCUCGCGACACGGAAGGAUCAUCAGGCUGGAGCAAAAAGCCACGAAAGUUCUAGGCGUCGUUUUCUUCACGUUCGUGGUCCUCUGGGCGCCGUUCUUCGUCCUCAAUUUGAUACUAGCCGUGUGUCCCAACUGUGAAAGGCAGAUCAAUCACAAGAUCUUCGAUUUGGCUACUUGGUUGGGCUACGCCAGUUCUAUGGUCAAUCCUAUCUUCUACACGAUCUUCAACAAAGUCUUCCGACAGGCCUUCAAGAAAGUGUUGCUCUGCAGAUACAGAAACCAAAGCUGGAGGCCGUCCAGGUAGGCCUUCGGCCCCGGGAGACCGGGGAUCGCCGUCACCAGGGUUUAAAGUCGUUAAUAAACGUCGACUUCCGGUAGCAGCGGAAGCGGAGGAACCGUGGUUGACCGGCCGUGGUUUCUCAAUUAAUUACGAGCCACGGUGAAGCUUUGGUUGUUUCAUGAUCGCAGAUAAACUGAAGAAGAUUUUGUGAAAAUCUGGAUAAUAUAUAUGUGUGUGUGUAUGUGUGUAUUCGAAGCUGCUGUGAAAGUUUAGAGUGAAAAUGAAACGAGGAUUCCAUUGAAUUAAAACGAGCGGAAGAGUGGAAGCGAGGCGAAAAGAAAUUAUCGAGAACAUGCAGAUCGUUCCUAGUUGCAACAAGUGACGUUUAGUGAAUUGUGAAGUAUGAUAGAAAGAUGUUUUCGAUAUAAUAUAGUCACGAACCAUGGUCAAGCAGUUAGAUCGUUCGAUUGUGAAGGAAAAAGCGAAGAAGCUUUUUUGUAAAAGCUUUGAUAAAUUGGGAAAAAUACGGAAUCGAGAAAGGCAGGAAAAUUGAAGCGAAUACAUCGUUACAAGCUGCAGUGAGUGAUACUUCGCGAAAAAGAAAUUCUUUUUUUUUUUUUUUCAAAUAAAAUAAUUACGAACAACAGUGAAGGUGAGAUUGAUUCUCGAAGGAAAACCGAAGAAGCUGUUACGGAAUCUUAGAUAAUCGAAAAACGAAAAAUAUUGAAUCGAAGUGAGAUAUUUGAAGUUCCAGCGAGUGACGUUCGGUAAAGUUGUAAAGAACGAUACAAAGAAUACCCUUUCUUCCUUUUGUUAAUAAAAUAAUUCGAGAAGCUUACGUAGAUCGGAUAACGCGAAGACAGGUGUACUUGAAAUGAAGAGUUUCCAACGAAACUCCUAAGUGAACUACGAACUGCAAUAAACGUUCCUUCCUUCUGUAGGCGGAGCUUCCGUGAGAUCGGAAAUCGGAACACGCGAGACGAGCAAUUUAGAUUAAGGACUUUAACGAUAAUCGACUUGUUAAGGCAGAGUUUCGACGAUUAAGGUUUCCAAUGCGAGCUGAACACUUCAUCUUCCAAAAGCGGUUCGACGAGCUUUCGCGAUAUCGAUAAACGAAACUACGAUACUUGACCGAACUAGGGUUAAAAGAAGCGAGACGAGAGACUAGUAGAAGGAGCUUCCCUAAAUGCGCGACAUAAAGCGAGCUCAAAUCUUCCGCCUGACAUUCAUCCGUGUGUGUCGUAAUUAAAUUAUGGCGACGAUUCGAAAAAUUGUCGCACCACUUUCACCCGUUCAUCCCCGUACAACAUCUUUACUCGUUCCGUGCGAUUCUUAACACUGUGGACGUUUAUGCAAAUGAAUAUUUUUCUAAACGUCGUCAAGCAUACGGAACCCAAGUAGACGUUUCUUUUAUCCGUUUGUUUCAUAACGAGUACUAUAUUUUCGAUAUUUUAUAUAGGACAUAUUUUUGCAUUUUACGUGAGUAUUCUGUGAGUUUCCGCGUUCUUCGACGUUUCGUGCGUACGCAUAAAAGGCGGCAGUUUAUUAAUAAAGAACGACGAACGCGUUAGGUCGUAACGCAAGUAAUUCGCGAUCUUCGUUACGAUUUCCCGGUGGAAACGAGGCGCUGUUGCUCGAGAACCUUUCAGCUAACGAAUUAAGGUCAUUGUCCAUUUAACGACACAGCAAACGAACACCAACAGCUCGGUAUUAAAUACUUGGUAUUCUUGUACAUAGUCUAACCCUUUCGCUACUAAUGGCCACUGCCGUGGCCUUUCGCAAACUUAUCUCUGCGUACGAAUGGCCAUUAUAAUGCACAGCUGAAGCAAAUGUACUGCGAACAGUAGGUAAGAUAACAUUAGGUUACGUCGUAAGCAAUGCGGUUCUCUUGCCAACUAUCUGUUGGUAAUAGGUUUGCUGCGUAAUAAACAUUGUUCCGCGAUAAAAAAUAUUCAUAACGAUAAGUAUCAUACGGAUGAUGCAAAUUCUUCAACCUCCUGCGAAACGGAAGUCGAGUAAUGAAAUAUUAAUCCUGAAUUAAAUUGCUCUGAAAUCGGACGAAAUGUGCUUUCAUUUUACUCGCUCGAUACCUUUGGUAGUGGAAAAUGAUCGUUAGAGAUCGUUUACUCGAAGACGAUACAAAGAUAUAGUCGUUGAUCGUUGGAUUUCUAUCGAGCGCACUUGGGACUUUCUCGAAUCCUUUCGCCGAGAAAUAUUAGGUUGUCCGAAAAAUGUCUUUCGCUAUCUGCACGCAGUUGCUUCAUCUGGCUAUGUCGAUACAAACAUGAAAGCUACUAUGUCAAAUUUUGUGCUCUUUAGCUUCGAUCGUCUUCUAGCUGUCGUAGGAUACGUUUCGUUUGCGUUAAAACGAAAAAUAUUGUGCAACUAUUAUUUUCUUCUGAAACGAAAGAAACUUUCAAGACAACCUAAUACUUUCAUCGCGCGUUGUUCAGCGACGAUGAAUUUUAGUAAAUUGUUACUGUAAACGAUAAAUAAGAGAUGAAUAUACAUUAGCAUCGACGUUCGUGCGUUCUGGGCAUUCUCGCGUGAUAAUUUAUUAUUUAUCGCUGGAUUCGUCUGCUUUCCUAUCCUUCUUCUUUUUUUUUUUUUAGAAUCUUCCCUUUAAAUAUGACAAUCAGACGGCUCGUAAUUCGCGAAACUGAUUUCCAGCCGUAGCAGAGAUUAAUUCGAAUAAUAUCUCAAAGUUUUGAAUCCCAGUAACUGAACAACCUUUCUUCCAUCCGUUCUUUCACAAUAUUACGUUAAAUACGAGACAAUCAGCGCUGGCUAGUAAUUCACGAAGCUGACUCGCAGAGAUUUAUUCGAAUAAUAUCUCGUAGUUUCUUGAUCAGAAGAACCGAACCACCUUUCUUCCACUGUUUUUCGAUGGUCGACGCAAUAAAACACGACAAUCACUAAAAAUUACGGGACGUAGGGUUCCGAGAGGAAUACGAACGGCGAUGGGUCACGGGGAACCGAAACGCGAAGGUCGUAAAUAGGAGCGACGUUCCUUUUCAGAACACGAUCACGGAUAAUCGAGACUCCAUUGUAAACGGAACUGAUCACAUUGACCACUGAAAGGUUCUCGUAACAAACAACCGGCUGCUGCGAUAAAACCUACAUACAUAAAAGCGUAUCGAUAUCGCUUUCUCUUGAUGCGAAACCCGGGGUACCUACCGGAAGCUCUACAGCGAAAAUUGAAACGGCUGUAUGCUGUAGCUGGAUUGGCCGAGUUCGUGUCAUAAAGCAAACAGCUUGGACCAGUUGAACCAGCGGAAUACUAGAUUCGGAGAAAAGGAAUCUGUUCGAUUUUAGUUUGCAAUGGACGUAGUUUGAAAAUUUCCAUCCUCUCGGUAUGCGUCGAGAUGACCACGACGACGUGCAGAGAAAAAUUGAUCGCGUGUGUUCAAGUUUUGAAGGAAAUUAUAUUCGCGCGUGUUGAAAUUUUAAAGGAAAUUAUAUUCGCUCAGGGGCAAACUAUCAACAGUAGGAAGACUCUGAUCGUUGAUUUUCGCGUUGCAGGAGUUCGACUGAAAGGAGAGGAGGUUUAAAAUCGAAGCAGAAGUUGUCACACGGCAAACUAAAUUAACGAGAGACGAUUCGUUUCUUCGCUCUACGCGUAUCUACGUUUGUUAAUUACUGAAAAAAGUGGUUAGAACGUAGCUAGUUCGGAAAUGCUCAAACAAUCGGAGUCUGUGGACAAAAUGGAACAGUCGUGUCGCCUGGCUGAUCCAUGUGGAACGUAGAAAAGAGAGUUCACGUUGGAAGGAUGUGGUGGAAUACCUGGAAGAACGGAUUCCGUUUCUCCGUGCCGAGUUCUACAGCGAACGUGAGCAGAAUUGACUUAAUCGAAGCGAGAACAAACAGAGCGGAGAAGUCUAAAGCCGAUACGACAGGCAUAUUCCGUUUGGUGGAAGGUAGAAAGGAAGAGUGGCUGAGCGGCGAAAUAACGAUCCCGAUCGAAGCGAAACCGAAAGAAAGCACAAAAGCAGUUUCUCGGCAAUUUUCUACCGUAAGAAGUUGCUGUCCCUUUCGACAGAUUACCCUGGCGAGCGGUCUGACGAUAAAACCUCAAAUGGAAUGCGUGAACCGACUGUCUACUGGCUGAUUUCUCGCCGGUUCCCCGACACCGAUUGCGUGUAAUCGCAAGCAAAAUCGUUUUGUAAAAGGAAAACCCAAUUACGCGUUCGCGCGUAUACAGCGAUUUUGAUAUUUCUCGAACGAUCGGUUAAUCGAAAACGUAAGGUCUGAGAAGGUUGGUUCAAAUUUUCGUUCGCGUUUCGUUGCCGCUAAACAUCGUUCGUAGAUGAAACGUCGAAACGAAAUGUUUAUAAUCGCGCGUUACUAUGAUACGCGAUAAUCCGAUGUUUCGAACGACUGCUUAAUUUGUGAUACUACGACGAAAAAGAAAAAUUUUUACGUUACUGUAUAUAAUGAUCUAAUAUUUUCCAACCUCUGGCUAAUUCGCGACGUUCGACCGAAAGCGUCGGUUGCGUCGAAUCCGAGCUGUUCUCGUUUGCAGGCGGAAAAUCCAACUGCGCUUGUUGCAACGUGUUGCACGCUACACGGUGAUUAAAUAUUUUUUACAGACUGAUUGAUUCGCGACGUCGUUCUGAACGGGUUAGUUGGAUAUUUGGUUGCGUUAAAGUCGCACCAAACACGUUUGUAAAUAAAAAGUUCGCGCGUUACUACACCGAUUCCAUAUCUUUUGCCGAUUAAUUAAUCGUAAAAUCGAACUGAACAUCGAUAUAAUGCGUUGAAUGAAACGGAGAAGGAUAAAGCGUUAAAGGUUAAAGAUAUUAGGUUGCCCGAAAAGUGUCUUUCUUUUGCAGACACGUCUUUUACAACG